AUGGGGGCUCGGGUCGCUCGUAUGUUCAGAAAUGUCAACAUAGAGAACCGAGUACACCGAGAGAUCUCCAAAGAGAAGCCGCGAGCAGCGCCCCGACACAUGGCUGACAUCCCUGAAGUGGAGGCAACGACAGAGUCAGUCCACCAGAAGAACGACCCGCUGCUCGCACUCCUCAAGUCCGUGUAUGUGGAGUCUAAAGACCCGGUGGCAGCAGCAGAGGGACAAAAGGAAGUGACGGCGGUGGCGGAAUUACAGCGACGGCCGCUGAAGUACAGCCUGCCGGGUGACCUGUACGGCCAGAGGGAGCUCACAGAUGUUCCCAAAGGCAAACUGACCAUCGCUGAGGCUCUGAAGGCCCUCAGCAGCCACCAGCGACAGCCUCAGGACUGGACGGUGGAAAAGAUCUCUCAGGAAUACUGGCUGGACCUGAAAGAGACGCAGGCUCUCGUACAGUUCUUCAUGCCCUUCCAGGUUCACAUCAUUCCACCCAAGACUGACAGCGUCAAACAGAUAAAGUCUUCUUAGGACUGGAAGACACCGCUGCUUUAUUUAUGUAUGACAAUAAAAUGCAUGGGAAGAGUGAGCUGAUAGAAACUGAUGAGCAGAGGUUAACAAUGAUCAAUACGUACAAAUGAUGAAAUUACUUUAUUUUUUGGAUGUUAAACAAAGUCCACAGGUCCAAAAUGAAACCGGUUUAAAGGAAUAGUUCAACAUUUUGCUUUCUUUCAUGUGACGUGAUUAGCCUAGCUUAACAUAAAGAAUGGAAGCGGGUGGAAACAGCUAGCAUGGCUGUGUCCAAAGUUAAAAAAAAUACACCUACCAACACCUUUAAAGCUCACGAUGUAACAUUUUUAAAAUUUGUAC